CGGUACUUAGGAGUGGUGCUUGAGACUGCAGAGCUAAUGGCCUAGCUUAGUCUCUCAUUACUGUGAAGUCUCUCUGUGCUUCACUUCCACGAUGAAGCAGCACCUACUUCAUCGGGAUCUUGUGGGGAUUCCAUGAGUUGGUGUGUAUAAAGUACCCAGCACAGUGCCUGGUCUUUUGGAUGGUCUAGCAUGGACCCUGUUGCUGCUCACAGCUGCCAUCUCCUUCAGCAACUACACGAGCAGCGGAUCCAGGGCCUGCUCUGCGACUGCAUGCUGGUGGUGAAAGGAGUCUGCUUCAAAGCACACAAGAACGUCCUCGCUGCCUUCAGUCAGUACUUCAGGAGCCUCUUUCAGAACUCUUCAGGCCAGAAGAAUGAUGUUUUUCACUUGGAUAUUAAAAAUGUCAGCGGCAUAGGGCAGAUCCUGGACUUCAUGUACACUUCUCAUCUAGAUCUUAACCAGGACAAUAUACAAGUCAUGCUGGACAUAGCACACUGUUUACAAGUUCAAAAUGUUCUGAAUCUGUGUCACACAUUUUUAAAAUCAACUACUUUAGACCAGCCACCUGGCAUACCUUGUAACAGUACGUUUUCCCCGCAGAGUGCUUUGACUCCUGAUGCUAAUUGUGUUAUAAAUGAGAAUUACCCUCCUCAGUUACUGCAGGAGUGUUCACCAGAUGCACAGCAUAAUAAAGUUGCGGAUGAACCUCAUUCUAGUGCGGCACCAUCCGUCAAUCUUCAUAACUCUUCAGGUGAAAUACCAAAACAAGCCCCAGAUACUUUAGAUAGCAGCUGCACAGAACUGCCUUUUAAGCAGCCAAAUUACUAUUAUAAACUCAGAAACUUUUACAGUAAGCAGUACUAUAAACAAGCCACUUGUCCUAAUCAUGAGAGAAUAAUCGAGCAGCCUUUCGCUUUCAGUACAUCCACAGACCUUAAUGCAGUAGAAAACCCACCUUGUGCUGUUAGUCAUCCCGAAUGUAUCCUGGAAUCUUCUGAGCACUUGCCGUCCAACUUCCUGGCCCAACCUUUGAGUGAAUCUGCUCCAGACCCAGAAUCAGACUGCACGUGCCCACAGCCUGCCAAACAGAUGAGGCUCAAAAAAGCCAUUCACCUUAAGAAACUAAAUUUCCUCAAGUCACAGAAAUCUGCAGAGCAAACAUCUGAGCCCAAAUCUAAUGAUGAUGUAACCAAGAGGAUCGGAUCCACUAGUGAAAACUUGAUAGAGAAAGCUAGCAGCCAAAGUACUGAAGAAAAAGAGAGUGAAGAACUGGCCAGUUCAGAGAAUUUUAGUUGCAUGAAUGAAACGGAAAGGCUUGAAGACCCUGCUGUGUUGGAAGACCAGUCACAGGCUCUGCAGUCCCAGAGACAGUACGCCUGUGAAUUGUGUGGAAAACCCUUUAAACACCCAAGCAAUCUGGAGCUUCACAAACGGUCUCAUACAGGUGAGAAACCUUUUGAAUGUAACAUUUGUGGGAAACAUUUCUCUCAGGCAGGUAACUUGCAGACUCACUUACGUCGGCAUUCUGGUGAAAAACCGUACAUCUGCGAGAUCUGUGGAAAGAGGUUUGCCGCCUCUGGGGACGUCCAGCGUCACAUCAUCAUCCACUCAGGAGAAAAACCACACCUGUGCGACAUCUGUGGCCGAGGGUUUAGUAACUUCAGUAAUUUGAAGGAGCACAAGAAGACACACACUGCUGACAAAGUCUUCACCUGCGAUGAGUGUGGGAAGUCUUUCAACAUGCAGAGGAAGCUGGUGAAGCACCGGAUUCGGCACACAGGGGAGCGGCCCUACAGCUGCUCAGCCUGCGGAAAAUGUUUUGGCGGAUCCGGGGACCUCCGCAGGCACGUGCGCACGCACACCGGGGAGAAGCCAUAUACCUGUGAGAUCUGUAACAAGUGCUUCACUCGCUCGGCUGUACUGCGGCGCCACAAGAAGAUGCACGGCAAGGCCGACAUGGAAAGCCGGAGCGCACCGGAGGGAUUCAGCCGUGUCAUCGAGGCCCCUGACCUAGACAGGUCGCAGAGCUCCGACUCUUUCUCCCAGGACAUGUCCGUGACUUUGAUGCCAUUGUCGGUUAAACUUCCUGUCCACCCAGCAGAAAAUUCCACGACAGAAUUCGACAGCCACUCUGCAGGUCCCUAUUGUAAGCUGCGGCCCAUGAUUCAAUCUCAUGGCAUCAGCGACCAGGAGAAACUGAGUUUGGACCCUGUUAAGCUUGCCAAGCCCCAGAUGCAGCCGACAGCGCAUCCGGCGUACGCUUACGGGGACGUGGAGGCCUCGGCCGUGGACGAGCCGCUGCCGGCAGACAGCAUGUCCAUCAUCCGCUCGUCCCUGGCAGCCCUGGACAAUCACUGCAGUGAUGCUCUUGGCAGCCGGGCCCCUUCCACAGCUUAUAGGAACUCAGAGGGACAGUUUUUCUCCAGCAUGACUCUCUGGGGUCUAGCGAUGAAGACGCUGCAGAAUGAAAGCGAGCUGGACCAGUGAUGGUCUACGUCAGCGACAGUCCGCGCCAGCAUUUCUCCGCACGAGAGUUGCUCCAAGUUUGGCAGACUGGUGGUACCAGGGCUGCAGAAGCAAACCAUUUCCCCCGUGACUGGACCGUGCUAACCAGAGAGAGUAUUUGGAUCAUUUCCUUCCUGAUGGUGGCUGAACAAUUGGAAGCGGCUUGACCUCAGGGUUUGGGAGAAAGGCCUGCUGGUUCACCCCUGAGGCAGCCACAGGAGGGGAGGGCUUGAACCGCAGACGCCAAAGGCUUGAGAAAUUCUCCCACUGACUGUAGCUAGCAUGAUAGAGGGUGUACUCUGUGUCAACUACUGUACAUUUUGGUCGUGUUAAAGAGAAAUAUAUAUAAUACAAAUAUUAUUUUUACAAAAUUGAAAUUUGUAACAUUUUGUAUUUUUAAAUAUUUACACAGAGGUUCUAUUUGUAUAUGAAACUCAGACUAUAAUUUAAUUUGAAUAAAUGAAACUUGCCUUUCUAUAUAAU